ACCUAAGCCUGCUACUGGUGCUAGCCAUGAAAAUAGACUUGGAUGUCAAACCAUCCAAGAUUCGUUCUCACGAGUGAUGAAAUACAAAGGUUAGUCAUAUAUUAUACAAUUUAUUAUCUGUUUCUUUUAAAACAAAACGCGCCGAAUUCGUCGUCGUGUUGUUUUAAUUUUUUGCAGGUAUCCGUUAUAGUUACGGAUGGGGGAGCCAACAUCGUGUCUGCUGCAAAAAAUGUUUUUGGAGAUGCGAGACAUGUUAUAUGUGUCGACCACAGCUUGAGUCGCAUCACCACUGUUGCUAUUGACCAAUCGCCUCUAUUUAAAAUUCUUUUGACGAAAAUACGGUCCAUCGUAGCUUUUUUCAAGAAAUCCAUCAAUGCUGCGGAUGAGAUUCGCGCCCUGCAGCUCAAAGAGGUUAGCUCAAACGCUGACAUAUUAAAGUUAAUCAAGGAUGAGCCUACCAGGUGGGGCAGCAACUACGCGAUGCUGGAACGCUUCAUUAAGCUUGCAGAUAAGGUUAGUUUACUGGCGGCGGCUACUGAGGGGCGCGAUUUACUGCAACCUGUGGCUCAUACGAUAACUGAGCUGAAAGGUGAAACUGUUUCCCUUUCAGGGAAGGUGAUCCCGAUGUUAAAGAACAUGAAAAGGAGUAUCGACUCAAUGAGUCCUACUACCGAGCCAGUCAGACAAUUGAAAACGAUGUUUCAGGCACAAUAUGAGCGAAAAUUCAAGGAUAUAGAAUUCGUAGAUACAUUUUCUAUUGCGACGCUGUUAGAUCCACGUUUUAAAACCCUCUAUCUCUGUCCGUUAGCUCAUGCAAAGGUGCUUAAAAACGUAUCAGAUAUGGUUCAAAUUGCAAACAAAGACUCAACGACUAAUCCUAAUGAAAUUUCAUCGUUUGCAUCGAAAGCCGGGUCGAACAAUUUAUGGAAUUUUCACCACCAAAUGUUACAAUCGGUUGGUAUGAAUUUCACAGCGCCUCAAAAAUGUAUUGGAAAAGAUCGAUCCAGCAGAAAUCGAUCCUGCAGCUCCGAUUUUUUAUGUGAAUCCUGGGAGGGGUCAGCUGAAUCGAUCCUCGAGAUCGAUCUUUUCCUGGAGAUCGCCCAAUCCUAG